UAUUAGCGGAUUGACUAAACCAGAAAAUCGAAGAAAUGGCAAUGGCUACUUCUUCUUCUACUCAGCUUCUACUGUCUUCUUCUUCUUUGUUUCACUCUCAAAUUACCAAAACGCCGUUCCUUCUCCCGGCGACGAAGAUCUACCUUCGGAGACCGAAGAAGUCUCUCUCGUUAUCAUGUCGUCCUUCAGUCACGGUUUUAGCUGCUUCUUCCGCCGUCGGCGUCAAUGAAUCUGUGACUUCAGAGAAACCAACCAAAACGCUUCCGUUUCGAAUCGGUCAUGGUUUUGAUCUGCAUCGGUUAGAGCCAGGGUAUCCUCUGAUCAUCGGCGGGAUUGAUAUUCCUCAUGAUAGAGGCUGCGAAGCUCACUCCGAUGGCGAUGUGUUGCUUCAUUGUGUAGUGGAUGCAAUUUUGGGAGCAUUGGGGCUUCCAGAUAUAGGUCAGAUUUUCCCUGAUUCUGAUCCUAAAUGGAAAGGAGCUGCUUCAUCUGUCUUCAUCAAAGAAGCUGUUAGACUCAUGGACGAGGCAGGGUACGAGAUAGGAAACCUAGACGCGACAUUGAUUCUCCAGAGACCAAAGAUUAGUCCACACAAAGAGACUAUCCGAUCCAAUCUGUCCAAGCUUCUUGGAGCAGAUCCUUCUGUUGUGAACUUGAAAGCCAAAACACAUGAGAAAGUUGAUAGCCUUGGAGAAAACAGAAGCAUUGCAGCUCACACUGUUAUUCUCCUCAUGAAGAAAUAGAAGUCAAGAUUAAUAUUAGCUCUUUAUCAUCUUCCUUAAAGUUUCUUAUCUUAUAAGAGGUACUUCUGAUUGUAAAUUUACACCAAGUGUAAUCACCCUUUAGAGGCUUAUUAAUCUUUUCACAGAAGCAGGGAAAAUCGAAUCAUAUUUUGAUGAUGAUGAUAAUGAUUCAUUGUGAUUCCUAGUUUCUUGGUCAGAUUUGAAUAUAACUGGAAACUGUGU